AUGGCAACAGUGUCAGGCUUGAUUGACUUUCUGCGUGCCUCAUUUCCUUCCCAGGUGCCACCGACUAGCACAGAGCUGGAUCUCAACGACUUGUCCCAGAAGCUUUACCCGAAACACUCAUAUACCGAAAAUGAGAAAGUUGAAGUCUCGCAGUGGCUCAUCACGUCCUCCCAUCUAGCAUCGCCCGGUGAAGAUGAAGCAAAGCAUCUUGAGCGACUAGGCUCUCUCAACAUACAUCUCUCUACACGAACCACGUUAUUAGGCAGCAAACCUUCGAUAGCAGAUCUCGCAUUGUACUACAGACUUCGUCCUACCGUCAGAGACUGGUCACCAGAGCAACGAACCGGAGAAAGAGGCCACCAUCACAUUGUUCGACACAUUGACGCCGUGCAAAACGCACCCCUAUUCGGACUCUCCUUAGAACAAGAUGAGAAAGUCAACAUCGAUCCUAGUGAUGUCAAAUUUGUACAUAAGCCACUAGAUGCGAAGGAAGAGAAGGAGCGCAAGAAGAAAGAGAAAGCCUCCGCAGCUACUGCUAUUGCAGCGGCGAAAUCAACCCACGGCCCAACCAGUCUUCCAGCAGAGAGAAGUAAAGAUGAAAGCACCAAGUCAGCAGCUCCUUCUUUACAAGGGGUUGCAAGCGAACCCGCGAAAAACAUUCAACCUUCAACGAAGAAGGAGAAGAAAGUAAAGGAGCCGAAGCAAGCGAAAGCCGCACCAGCACCAGCACCAGCACCUCUUUCGCCGCGUCUGAUAGAUUUGAGAGUAGGCCAUAUUGUGAAAGCCAUACACCAUCCCGACGCAGACUCGCUGUACGUUUCAACUAUAGCGUGCGGUGAUUCUCCCAACACCGAAAACACAUUUGAAUAUGAAGGGCAGACAGUAAGAACGGUGUGUUCUGGUCUGAACGGACUCGUGCCGCUUGAAGAGAUGCAAGGGCGGAAAAUUGUUGCAGUAUGCAACCUCAAGCCUGUAACGAUGCGAGGCAUCAAGUCCGCAGCAAUGGUGCUUGCCGCGUCGCCGCGCUUGAAAGAAGGUGAAGUAGAUGAUCACAAAGGGCCGGUAGAGCUAGUAGACCCUCCCGAGGGAACGAGCGCAGGGGAACGACUAUCCUUUGAAGGAUGGGAGGGCGAGCCGGAAGGUCAGCUGAAUCCGAAGAAGAAAAUCUUCGAGACCUUACAGCCAGGUUUCACGACUACGCAAGAGGGUCGAGUUGGGUUUGACAAUGGCGAUGUUGAAGCGUUGAAAGGGGAGGUGAAGCCGCUAGGGAUGCUCAAGACGAAAAGUGGAGGCAUUUGUAAAGUCAAAACCUUGAAAGGCGCAAUCGUACGGUGA